UCCCGGAACAUAAUGGGCAGUAACGAGAGCUGUAUUUUUGGAAGCCAUUUUGUUCUCUGCGUUUUGUUCCCGCCUGUGUUUACUUCUGUACAAGAGUUUCAGAGAAAUCAAGAGCUCAUUGUAUAAUCUACAAAUGUUGUAGAGAACAUUUCCCGUAUAUUUUACUCUAUUCAUAUUGACAACAGGUUAAGAUGUUUUGGAAGUUUAAUCUUCUGACUUCAUCUCACAUUGAAACUUUGCUUGACAAAGAGGAUGUCACGCUCAGAGAGCUCAUGGAGGAGGAUGACAUCCUGCAAGAGUGCAAGGCCCAGAACAGAAAGCUAAUUGAUUUUUUGGUUCUGCCCGAAAAUAUGGAGGAAAUGGUCAAGUUGAUCACUGUGGACCCACCAGAUGACAUGGAUGAGAAACUGCGGUUUAAAUACCCAAACACAGCUUGCGAGCUGCUGACCUCAGAUGUGUCUCAGAUUAACGACAAACUUGCUGGGGAAGAGAAUCUGGUGGACAAACUCUAUGCUUUUCUGGAAGGAGAGAAGCCGCUGAAUCCUUUGCUAGCCUCCUUCUUCAGCAAAGUUAUGGGUCUUCUCAUCACCCGCAAAAGUGAAAUGAUAUUUGAAUACUUGAAAUCAAAAAAUGAUUUUGUUGGUCGUCUCCUGUAUCACAUUGGCACUUCUGCAGUGAUGGACCUGUUGUUGAGGCUGAUCACAUGUAUAGAGUCUCCAGAAACGAGAAGGGAUGUCAUUGAGUGGUUGAAUGAGGAAAAAAUUGUAGAGAAGUUGGUGGACUCCAUUGUUGUAGAUAGAGAUGAAGAUAUUCAUUGCAAUGCUGCCCAGUCUCUGUGUGAUAUUGUUCGUCUGGGCAGAGAGCAGUUCAUCCAACAGCAAGACACAUCAGAGCCUGAUCCUUUGUUAGUCACCAUGGAACAAGAGGAAACUGUGUCUCAGCUCCUGUCCAAUAUGUUCGACUCUGAGAAAAAUGAAUCGGUUCUUGUCAACGGUCUUUGUGUUAUCCACACACUGCUGGAGGUCAGGCGACAGGGGUCCGACUUGUCAGAACAGUUACCGAAUGGUGACCCAGAUCGUAUCACUCAGGGCAUCAACAAUGUGAUUGCCGCCAUUGUGCCACGCUUGAAAGAUUUCCAUGACCUGCUUGUGAACCCGCCAAAGCAAAGAUACAGCAUGAUGCCAUCCUCUGUGGGCCAGCUGGAGCCACCACUUGGCAACACCCGGCUGCAGGUCGCCAAGUUGAUCACUGCUCUGGUUGGGGCCAACAUGCACCAAGUGAACUUGGAACUGGCUGCUCUGGGAACUAUACAAACUUUGUUGGACUUGUACUUUAGGUACGAGUGGAACAAUUUCCUGCACACGCAGGUGGAACAGUGCCUUCUCAUCAUCCUGAAUAAUGGGCCCAUUGAGAUCGAUGGGAAACACGAGCAUCCACUGCUGACUAAACUCUUUGCAGAAUACAAUUUGGUACAGAGGUUACUUCAAGAAUGGGAGGAAAACGAACAGAAACAGAGGGCACCUGCUGGGAGACGACGAGGGUACAUGGGUCACUUAACCAAAAUAGCGAACUCCAUAUCUGGUCUAGUGGAGAAGAAUGAGUCACCCAGUCUUGUUAAGGAUCAAUUUAGUGGGCUUUCAGAUGAAUGCAAAGAGAAGUGGGAGGCAUUUGUCAGUGGUGCCUUGGCGGAGGUGAACAAAAGGAACACAAUAGAAUCUAUGAGAGGCAACCCCCUGGCAACCAGUAGUGAAGAUGAUGACACUGACUUCAAAGACAUUCCUUUCCCUCAAGACACAGCUAUCCAGCAGGCUUUCUCUGACUAUCAGUUACAACAGAUGACCAGUAACUUUAUAGACCAGUUUGGCUUCAACGAUGAGGAGUUUGCUGAGCAAGAUGACAAAAUUGAAGCUGCAUUCUCGGACAGAAUAUCCAGUAUAGAUUCAGAUAUUCACGUUUCUGAACAAUCUAGCACAACUUUAUUUAUUCAAGCUUGCAAUGAGAGGAUUCCACAGUUUGACAAUGAAGACAGCGAUGAGGAUAUCUGGGAGGAGAAGCCAAUUGUCUUCAACAAAAAUGCUCAACACGCCCGCUCAGAGCGAUUACAAGCUGAAACUGCUCGGUGUAACAGCAGCGAUGAAGACAGCACAGACAGUGGAGAGGAGAUUGAUUCCCCGGUCAAGAUUGUACAGCAGCCCACAGAGGGCAUGGACACCUCUGAGAGUCCAUGGUCGGCAGAUUCAAGUUCAGAGCCGGUUGCCAUGGACACCACAUCAGAGCCGUGGGAGAAAGUGGUAUCAUCUGCUCCCACCAGCAGUCAGCAGGAGAACUGGGCAGACUUCAGUAACGUGCCCACCCAGUCUGGAAAUCAGGACAACUGGGCAGAUUUUAGCUGCUUCUCUGAUAUCCAAUCCUCAAAUGACCAGGGCCCCAGGAGUAGCUCUCCUGUUGAAAUGGACACAACAGAACUUUCAAGAGGAAAUGCUUAUGUUGUGAUGAGCAAUAGCUCAGAAGAGAGGAAAGGGGACACGCCAAGCACUUUGUCAGUUACAGUUACCUUGCCAGGUGAGACUGCCUCACAGUCCAGUGACCUGCAAGUGACAGACUUGGAGUCAGAGGAGUCCAGUCAGCAGCCGGACUCCACUUCACCAAACCUCCAAGCAACGGAUGACACCACCACUGAUGCUGGACAGCCACUGCCUGACUCUUCUCCAGCUGACUCUCAAACUUCUUCCCCAAAACAAUCAGGGCCUUCACCAGUAGAUUCACAAGUCAGCAGUACGUCGUCCGACUCUGGUUCUGGCAGUUGCAAAGCCAGUCUUGGAGAAGCGGAGCAGACAGGAGAGGCAGGAGCGGCCAGUGAGUCUGUGGCAGUCUCUCCUGGCUCAUCCCAGGGCAGCUCAGUGGACGGGGAGUCCUCCCCUCGGCCCACCACCACCAGCACCAGCACUACCAGCAGCAGCAGCGCUGUUUCCACAGACAGCAGCAUCAGCACUUCAACCUCAGGCUCGGACUCGUCUCAACCCACCUUGGGGACUGGGCAGGAUGGUCAGAGGCAAACUGAAUUGGUUGAGGAUGAGGGGGAUGAUGACCUCGGAGCCAACUUCAGCUUCCUGGCUGCCUCAGGGUUGUUGAAAACUAGUCCAGUUGCUGCUGCUUGUCCCGUCAACCGACCAGUGACGGAGGGUCAGCAAAAUGGGCCGUUGACGCCGCCAUCCUCCCCUCCCCCAGCUGCUGUGGCCCCUCCCUCCCUGAGCCCGGCUCCUCCUCUUCCUAUGACAGACGGAGAUGCAGCCAGCUCAGAGCCGGACACCACAGAGGGUGCUCUCACCCCCGCCCAGAAACUGGAGCAGGCCAGAGCUCAAGCAAAAGAAGCCCAGGAGCUGUACGAUUCUGCCACAGCGGUGAUGCACAACGGCCCGGUUUGACAAGAGCUACAAAGCUAGACGUGUUGUUUUCAGUUCCUGUCAAGUUCUUCUUCCCUCCCCCUCCACCACCUCUAGAAGCCUUGUACUGACAAGACAAUGAUAAUUAAGCAGUCAAUGCACACUCGAUGGUGAAUUGGUCUUUGUUGACUAUAUAUUUUUUCUUCUUUUUUAAUAUUGUUUUUCACUGAUAAGAACCCUCUUAAUUAUGAGAAAUGUAAAAGGUUUUAUGGUCAGGGAUGUUAAUGUUGAAGUGCUCUUUGAAUGAGUUGUUUCAAGGAAAAGGAUAAAUGGAAAACUGAUAAAUAAAUAUUAAGAACAGAACGGGAUUGUUAUUGUGUGGCCAAAGUUCUGUUCCUGGAGACAGAGACUGACUCAUGCACGUAUUAAAGUUGUCAAUAGCAAUCCUCAGAAGGACAGUUCACACUUUGCUGGAGUGGUUCACUUUCUAGUGACAGGCGGCUUCUUGCAAGUCAUUUCUGAAUGCGGGCAUGUCCCCACAUUAUUAUGAGGUAUACGAGGCAGAUAGUCUGUUCAACGCCUUGGAGGGUUGCUGCCUGUCAGCAGUGUGGUUGUACAAGAAUGUGAUCGCGAGUGUCAAAAGACUAUUCAGAGUACAGUUUGUCGACGGAAGCAGUCACAAACUCAAGUCUGUGAAGUCUGAAAUAAAAGUAAAGUUUUUUUUUUUUUUUUGAAGAGUUUGGAGACCCUCUUGAUGUAGUGCAAGUAUACUGAGCGAAAAUUACAAAGGAUGGCUUUAUUGCAAAAUGUGUACAUAUUCUGUUUUCUAGCUCGCUAAACACUGGCAUACUGGUUUCCUUGGAAGUAGUAUUUUUGGAAUUGCAUGAUUUGGAACUGCGACCAUUGAUUUGUGAGUGGUAUAUUUUUCCUUGGGAAGAUCAAGUCACUCGAGCCUAGUGCAGAGGGAUGAAGAUUGUGAUCCUGAAAUAAAUUACUGAACUCCAAAGGAUUUUUGUUUGUACUUGUUUGUCUCUUUGUAAUUAUUUAAGGGCAGAGUGUUUAGAACAUAGUUUUCUGCUUCAUGGUUCUGUUUGGUUUGUUAAAAGUUUGACAUGGUAUCCACGGUCAUACAACAAGACAUGCUCUCACAUCUUUUGUGGACAAAUCGCUGAGUUGGAUGCUUUUGAGGUUACGCUUGGAUCAAUUCAUUCACUUUUUAAACUCAAAUAAAUGAUAAUAUAUGAAAAAAAUGGUGAUGUAAAUCGUAGUAAAUCUGUCCUGUAAUCUGUUUUCUCAAAAUUUACGCUUUGCCUGUAUGUGGCAAUGAGGUCAGGACUUGUGUAUUUUUACACGUUCGUGUUAGUGUUUCUUUGGAAAAAGACAAUGAUAGUUGUAGCCAUAUACAAAGAUUGUUAGGCCACUGUGCUCACCGUCUGUUGCUAGGUCAUCGGGAAUGGCUGAGGGACUGGAGAGUCCCAAAAACUGCGUGAUCUCCUCCCCUCACGAUGUACAGCUCCCUGUCUCAAUUGCGUUCUACCCCUCCCUCCUGUUUGGCUGUUCUCAGGGCUUCAGUAUGUCUACUCCCUGUUCUGCUCUCUGUGUAGCCAAGUCGGGCUGACGUCACUUCAGUGAUGGCAUUCGAGGACUUCAUUAUUUUGUGAGGCGCUAUAUUUCUUCUUUUUCUUCUCAAAGUUGGACUGGCAUGAACAAGGGUUUUGCCAUUUUGAAAGCAAGCAUUGUCAUGGAGUGCUUAUAUUAGCAAAGCAUAUUGUCAAGGAAUUUUUUUCUUCCUCCCCUUAUUUUAAGAUUUAAAAAUGUUUAUUCAUGUUUGUACCCAGGUUGCUUGUCAUUUAUUCUUUUCAUUGCAGUAUUUUUUUGUGUGGUUUUGAUUUAACCAAUAUAUAUUCGUAUUUUUGUUUGUUUUAAAUGUCUCUGAGAGCUAUUCCAUAUCAGUUGACUGGCUGUUGCAGAGUACUUAGGGACGAUGGUGAACAAGUGUAUACAAAUCAUGCCUUUAGAGGAGCUGAGUUAUUGAACAAGACACAGUGAACCACACACGCUGAAAGUUUGUGAAGUUCAACUUUCAUAGCUACAUUUUUUACAUGGUCUGACGAACAUGAGCAUAAAAUUUAAGAUCCAUAGUUUUGUGGGGAUGUGUCAUCUAAAUGCAUCAGGUUACAAUUCUGUGCUGGUGACAAAGUAUGGUUUUCUUCGCUUUUGUUCUUAUUUUCAAUUUUCCCCAUUAGAGAAUCCAUGCAGGAUUUUGGGAUUUCAGAGUUAGUGGAAAAUUUACCUCCUUGUCCUGAGUCUUCCUCUCUCUCUUGUUCUCUCUCUCUCUCUUUGCUUUUCAUUUGCCAUAAACGAUACCCUGUUUCUACUUUUAUUAAUGAUAGUUAGAAUUAAGGUAUAUGGUCCCAUUAUCUCCUUUCCAAAGAAGCAAAAGCGAAACUGGAUAUUGUGUUCAAAGCUCUAACGAUGGUAGUCGAACACCAACUUUAGCCAAGCAUGGCUUUCGAUUUAUAAUGUGACAGUCAGUACUGUUAUACAUAUAUAUUUAAAAACAAGUUGUUAAUACAUGUUAGUCCAUUUGUUUUCAGAGGGUUAAUAUUUGUGCCAGUACAGUUUUGGAUUAUUGCACCCGCAUGGAAAGUUGCAUUCAAAUCUUUCCAAUAACCUACCCUAUCGAAAACAGAAGAGGUACAAUAAUUCAGUUCUCGUCAAUGUCUAGGUGAUAACUAUUUUAGUUCAUAUUCCAACUUAUUGGCUUUUGUUUUGGUGCUAAGAGGGUAAAAAUUAAAGGGUUGUCAGUUUGUGGUUCUAAUUUGUUGUCUUGGUAAUGACAUGCAUUUCUUUUCCAUCACUGUUAUAAGCAGAAAUGGAAAAGAAACUGUUGUAAAGAUUUUCCAUUUUUUCUCUGUCCGUCAUUUGAUAAACACAGAACUUUCUAAAUCUUGUAGUGUAGCUAUGGUAGAAUUGCUGUGAAGAAAUAAGGACAACAAAGCAGACAACUAACAUGGAGUAGAGAAGCUCUGUACAGUGGGUGUCGCAUUCAACGAGGUUGCCGGCACCAGUUUGUUGUCCUCGUUGGAUCAGAUUUCUCGUUAACAACGUGACUAAGGUUAAAGAAAAGAAAGGAGACGAGUUAUUAGAUUACACGAUGUACCAAUACCAGUAAUUAAAACAGUUGUUCCCCCUCAUUUCUGCAUUUUUAGGUUUUUUUUAGAACACUUCUCGUGUGGAAACGUUCCCUCUCACAUCUAAGCCUAGAUCCUCAUAAAGUAAAUGCGAGAGGUUGGAUUUUCUGAUCAGAGGAAGAAAAGAAAAUUGAAAAAAAAAAAAAUGAAUAGAUCGAGACCUACCCAUCCAGAGGUCACCCAGUUUCACACAGUCCGCAUCGCGUUCACACCCACCACCUCCCCUCCCUACCGUAGACUAACCCUCACCCGCCCUCUUGGCUUUGGGGCCCAUAUUAGGAGGCACACUAGAACUAGCAGUACAAUGUGUUAAGAAUCGAGGAUGGGCCUUGCGCUUCGCGUGAGAUUGUGAGAAAGGAGAAAUAUUUUUCGAUUUUGGGGGCCGCUAGUUGCUUUUAUUUGGUUAUCGCGACCUCGUUGAAAGCAACUUCUGUCUGUUUGCAACCUCGUUGGAGCUGAUGUACAUUUACAAAGAGAUAUAGAGGAAAAAAUCGGGGAUUAAGGAUUGCCUCGUUGGAGCCGACUUUUUGUUGAAUGUGACCUCGUUGAAUGCGACGUCCACUGUACUGCUGUAAGCCGACAAAACGCCUUCUUGUCUUCACAGCAGUUUCAUGAAAAAGAUGUUUUGUCAACGAAACCAUUUAAAAAUAGCGUUCUUCUGAAAUCUGAAUUCUAUUUUUAAAAACUAGUCACAGUUUCACUGAUUUUUUUCACACAAGUAGAGUAACUGAUCAGGCUUUAAACUGCUUUUGAUUUAGCUAAUUUAAAAUAAAAAAUAUUGGUGCCAAAAUGAAAAAAGGCUUUUUGUCAGCUUACGGCAGAGUAGUGGGUGGCCUGUAGUUGAGGAUCAGUGUGAAUUUUCACUUGCUUUAUAUGGUUUGGUCUGUUGAAAUGUACUACUUUUGAUAUAUGUUCCUGCUCACUAAAGCUAAUGAAUAUUGUUUUGAUUGAUGGACUAGAAAAAUAUGUUUGACCAGAGGUUGGAGUGUUUGGGGCAAUGUUUUAUAUCACUCUGCAAGAUAGUUUGCACCAUUGUUUUGCACAGUUGAAGUUUUAGAAACUUUCAGUCCUGUUUAUCAAGGAAGCUUUUUUUGGAACUCUCAAGAUACUUCAUAAAUGACUUGUUGCACAGGACAGUUGAUUGCAGUGUUUGAGUGGGAAACAAUGCUGGUGGUUUAAGAAUUUCUCAGUGCUGACACCCUUUCCUUCAACAGUAUACAUGCCUUUGUUACACAAUGGAGAUUAAAUUAGCGAAUUGGGAAAAAAAGACCAUGUUUAGCUGAUCUGAAUUGUGUUGCUUUUGAGACCAGCUUUUCCGCUGACCAUUAUAAUUGUCUAAUGCGCUUUUCUUGACUCAAACUUAAAUCGAACACAAAUUCUUCCUUUGAAAAAAAAUAUUUUUAGUAAUGAGGUGAGUGACAUGUGAUGCAGUGUGACCGAUUGCGAGAAAGGAGCUCUGUGUUACAUGGCAGUGUACAGAAGGGAUAGGUAAUGGGGGAAGAAUUGCCUGUUGUUUGAUGACACAGUGGUCGACAAGGAAGUUUCUGGCUGUACACCUCUCUGUCGUUAGUGUCAUUGGUUGCAGCCUUUGAUUUCUUCUUCUAAUCUAGAGCAAUGAUCUCGAAGCGUUGAUUUGUUGUUGUUUCAUUACUGUUAAGGAUAAUGCAAACCACAUUGUUUAAGUGUGCUUUUUGUGCAAAAGUGGAUUUACUUUUUUACUCAUAGUAAAGGUACUCGGUAGUACAAACAUGGCGCAUAAGCUGACUCACAACCUUCCGAUGGGUGGUUUGGGGAAAAUUUAGGAAUUCAGAGUGCUGUUUCUUUGCUCUGUCGAUGUAAAACACCAAGUGCUGAACAUCAUGAAAAAGUUCUGCUUUUCCUCAUUACAAUGGUGUAUUGCAAGUUAUUUGUAUAUUUGUGUAUUUGGAGCUGGACAACGGCUGCCCCAUUUUCUUUAAAACUGACUGAGAGAUAGAGAAUGAUUCCAAAAUUCUCAGGAGACACUGACCUUCCAAAUGGACAAAUAAAUUUGUCAUACAGCAUUUUGGAAAGUUUAGUUUCUGGUACCAACUCAUAUGUUGACUUUUCUUUGGACAUUUCAUUGCGCUUUACCUUCAUGUGCUAGGUGUACAAACCAAGGGCAUAGUUCUGUUCCUGGAAUGGAUGCUCAUUUGCAAUAUAAAUAUAGGAUGCAUGCACAUGUUUGCUAGGGCUAGGUGUAUAAUUAAAGAUUAGAAAUAAUUAGGUUCUCGUUUUCAUGUUUGUGGAUUUCCCAAUUUUUAGACAAAUGUGCCCUCAAGUUAUGCUGUAUAGUUAUGAUAAUAAGGUCAAAAUAUAGAUAGUUUAUAAUAGUUUGAAUGUCAUAGUAAGUUUGUAUGAAAUAUUUUAUAUUUAUUUUCCCACUUUCUCCUUGAACUUUUCAUUCUCCAAUAGUUUUCCUGCAAUUGUAACAUUAUAUUUUGUAGUGCGUGUGGGACUCUAGUCCCACUCCCUACCUCAAUUAUUAUAUAAGCAAAUGGAAAAGAAGUCUUUGUUAUCGUUUUUCUUUUUUGUUUUUCCUAAUCUGUACACAGAGUAAAAAGCAGAAUUAGGCUGCACCAAGUAGAGAGCAGAGGAGAACAUACAUGCGUUUAUUCACCGGUUCUAAAGGCAAUAAAUCAAUCUUGCUCUCUCUUUCCUAUGCUAAUGAAUUUGUACAGGAUCAUUGAUGGCAAAGGUAGAGCCGAAGAGAGGGAAAGUGUAGAUGUUUCUGCUGUACUUAAAGUGGCAGUUGUGAUGAUUCACUCGAAUUAUGAUGUAUAUAUCGCUGCAUGUUAAGUUCCUAUUUAUAUCUAGGUUUUUACAUUAUUUAAUAUCUACCUGUGUAAGUUGUUCUGUAAUUGUGGCAUUUCUGACCUUCAGGAAUGGGAAGUAAUUGUAGGUGAAUUUUUAGCUGUUUAGUUCCUGUACCCUAUUUUUUUUAUGGUAAGUCUGCAAAAUGUCUGUACAGUUUUGUGAAAACUUGGUUACAGAUAUGGCAACUCUUUGCAGUGCUCUUUUUCCUUUUGGAAUGGAAUCUUCACCUAAAAUUAACAGCACUAAUUUGUCCCAUAGAAAGUUUGCGUGCAAUGUCCUUCACAACUUUUCUGUUUGAACUGUAAAUCUUUACGUCUAACCUACCCCUCAGCCCACACCAGCAGUUUUGUGUUUAUGAUGGUGGGCAGUGUUGUUACAUAUAUAUAUAUAGACUUCAGCUUCCUUGCUGUCACACACAGCAGUCUGCGCGGGUUUUGUUAAUGUGAUUUGUUUUUUUUUUCUUUUAGGAUCUGUAUAGAGCAAGAGUGUUUGGUGUGAAGAACAGACUGAUGAGGGCUGGGGGUCUCCUGUGAUUUGUGCUGUUACGUAUGUCUGUGUUGGCAGAUAUAAGUCUCUUUCACAGCGCAUGUACAUAUAUCUUGUCUGACUUUACCCUCCCAUACCUUGUCCGGAAACACACACACACACACACACACACACACACACACACACAUGCGCGCGCAAACACACCCACCCACCCAAACCCAAUUUUUAAAAACGGGCGAACAACAGUUACACUAGUAUGAUGCCUCAGUGAUGGUAAUAAUGCUGAUAUGUAAUGAUUAUGAUUUUGAAUAUAACAGCUGCUUCCCAAUGAAUCUGAGCAUCUCUGGUAACUAAAUUGAGGAUUGUGUACCUUCGUUUUUGUAUUUGAUUAUGACUUUCAGCACAAAAAUACCGGUUGAACAUGUUUUUUUGUUGUGUGUGUGACAUCCCAGCUAUUUUGGGUUUUUUAUUAUAAUUAUUAUUUUAUUUUUGGGGGGUUUGUUUGUUCAGUGAUAACAGGAAAAAUAUAUUAUGCAUCCUGCAAGCAUUAAUUGACAUGUCCACUUCAGUUUCAUACUGUCUGUUGCAAUCAUUGUAUGUGUGUGCUAGAGAGAUAUCGAGAGUGGUAGAUUUGUUCCCCAUGUGAAAUCCAGUCAAAUGUUGAAAGGUCUGGGUGAAAAGUACAUUGUAACGGGUGUUGAGCUGGGGUCACUUGUCUAUUAUUUAUGUCAUCAUAGCUGGAUUGUUGUGGACUGGCACUCCGUAUGCUCAGCUCGAUGCUUCAGUUGCCUAAAGUGGUCUAGACUUGGUCAAUGAUAACCUAAUACACACAGGGCAAUGGCAUAUUAAGUUUGUAAUUCAUGUGUGCGUUUUAGUCUUGGCGAUGUUGUUUAUUUUAUGACUGGCAUCUGCUGCAUAUCCCUAUCUGAUUUGAUUAUGCAGAUAUAAUUCAGUUGCAUACUUGGACAUUGGACAGGGUGUUCUUCACGACAACUGGUUGGUUAUAUUAUGGAAAAAUGAUUUCCUGCUGUUGAAUGUGUGAGGAAUGCUGGCCUUGACAAGUAGGAGGCAAGCAACAAAUCCCCCCCACCUCACCCACCACCUGCGAAUGGGAUUCUCAGCUGUUGCAUUGUUUGUUGACAGUGGGCUGUUGUAGGAACCAGGGACCAAAGUUUGAAAGACACUGCAACCCUCCCCUCUGUCGCUGUUGCUCUAGUCUUGCGAGAGGUGGGGUGAGGGUUGAGCGUUAUGAGACAUCCCACUGCAUCAAAAAGUUCACUGGGUGUGUGUAUGUGUAUUUGUGUGUCUGUGUCUAGAGAGAGAGAAAAGUAUUUGUGUGAGGGCUGGUGGUAUUUUUUUUAAUGCCUGAACUUGGUAAGGACAGAUUUUUUGAGGUCCUUGAUUUAGCUGGGGUGUUGUUAGCAUUCAUUUAAAUUUUGUUUUCAUAACUUGUGUCUUCUCAAGCAUUUUUCACUUCCCCUCCAGAGUUCACCUGGAAAGGGGCCCCAUGAAAGAUAUCACGGUGCUUUGCUGCUAAUUUUAGGCUCUCAUAAAGUUGAACUUAUAUUUUUUUUAAAGAGUUUAUUGGAUCAUGUGGUUUUAUAAAAUUACAUUUACCCUGCAGCUUCCAUUCGAGUCUUUUUGAUUUGAAUGUAAGCACACGCAGGAAGGUCUAGUAUCGUUCAGUGUUUUGAUCAAAUCUGGGCAGAAUGAUGGCCCCUCCCCCGGCAGUGCACAAAAAGCACACUGGCUAUGUGCCAAAUAAUGUGUGGGUUUUCUCUAUCAGUGCAUGGAGUUGGACAAAAUUAAAGAGCAGUCUACGAACAUGCAUGGCUUUGAGUGUUUUGGCUAUGUGAUUCUCUCCAAGCCUUGGAAGAAAAAAUUUAUCCUGUUACAGUCGGGCACAGAUAUCGCAAACACUGAAGACUCGAAAGCAUAGACAGCUCAUACAAGUUGCCAUUCCCUCUAUUAAUGUAAUCUCUUUAAUUUUCCGUUAUCGGUUAACCCAAAUUAUGGAUGUGAUGAAGACAUUUGUUAAUCCCCAAAGUGCUUGAGUUAUCCGUGCCGGACUGUAAAUGUGGCUUGAGUGAGUUCCCCCCCCCCUCCCUUGUCUCAUUUGCUGUGUUAUGUUGGAGUGUGUGUUUGGAGUAGUUGUGGUUUUAGGUAUGUUAAAUGCUGGCCAAAGCCACUAGUUGUUACACUUUGCAUUGAAGGUUCCCCUGGACUUGACCAGCAAAAGCUCAUGUUUCGUGGCAUUCCGGGAAUGUCCAUUCAUCGGGGCACAACGUUUCAAGUUUUGUGUUUAAUGUUGGUCACCCACACUGCAUCAUGAUUUCUCUGGUCCCCCCCCCCCAACUCACAUUGUCAUAACCUUGCCAGUCCUGGUCCCAUUGUCAUGUGAAUUUUAUAAUUUUAUGUUUUAAAUUAAAGAAACCCAUUAUUUUUUUGUUGAUUGAAAAGGUUUAAACACUCAUAGAUUUGUUGCUAGUGCCUUCCAAGAUGUUGGGGCAGGUGAAGAAAGUAUUCAGGAAAUUUAUCAGAGGCUAAGUUGCUGUGUUUAAAAGAAGUUUGAGAAGGAAUGUGCAGGUGUUCUCCGUACUAAAAACAAAUAAUAGCUCCUGCCACCCCCCUCCCAUUCUUAAUAUUAAUAUUAUAUACAUAUAUUAUAUGUCUGUGUUUUUGUCACAAGGUGGAUACACACUCCCUUUUACACGGGGUUGCAUUUUUGUUUGGCUUCACUGGAGAAGUGUAGUGUGUGCUGCGCUGCCGACUCUGCUGAUAUUGUGCUUGCAUACGCAGCAAGGUGGGGGCUGGCCUGCAGCAGAGUUGCCAAUUUCCACAACUUUGCCAUUGUAAACAGACGUGUUCAGUGAGUGUGGAGGUUGUUUCUGCACGUUGGUGUGACUUGAGGAUGUCAAUGUAAAUCUAAUAAAUAGUAGUUGAGAUUGUGUACAUAGAAUAUGUUAAUUAAAAAAAUGGAAGAUUACAGUAC